CUGAUGAGGUCCAUAAAAUCACAGCGUCCAGAAAUCCAGGAGUAGAAGCAAAGAAGAUUCAAGAAAAUCGGAGAGAGAGAGAGAGAGAGAAGCAACACCGCCGUAGCCCACCCAAACAAAAACAUCUUCACAACGUUCCAAAUCCGCCGUCGUCUUCCCAGAACACCACACACACCCCAAUUCGUACACGCAACUACGUGUACAUUCCCAUAACCACUUCAAUUUCGUUCCCCCAGGCCAUAGAAAAAAAUCGUCAAACCCCCACACAAUCUCUCUCUCUCUCUCUCUCUCUGCACUCCGAUGGUUCCGAUCGACGUGACGCAAGUGGCAACGGGUCUCAGCGUCUUGGCCGGAGCAGUUUUUCUCAAGUCGGUGAUGGACCAGAACCCCACGAUGGGCCCGACCCAGUUCCGGAGGUGCCCGAGCUGCAACGGGUCCGGCCGAGUCGCCUGCCUCUGUUCCCGCUGGUCCGACGGCGACGUCGGGUGCCGGACUUGCGCCGGGUCGGGCCGCAUGGCGUGCAGCAGCUGCGGCGGGACGGGCACGGGGCGGCCCCUCCCGGCCCAGGUCUCCGUUCGUCGCCCUCCGAAUAUUCCCUCGUGAUACGGGUUUGUGAUUUUUGAUGGGUUUCGGCUCUCUCUCCCUCUCUUUGGGUUUAUUGAAUUGUGUGGUAUGUAGUUGAUGAUCAUUAGAAGGAGAGAGAGAGAUGGGAAUUUAUUAGAUUGUAAUUGGGAAAUGAUUUUGUCACACCAUUUUUUGAUAAUGUCACAUCCUGCAAGUGUAUUUCAUACUAAAAAAUACACUUGCAGGGUGUGUCAUUAUCAAAAAGGGUGUGACAAAAUCACUACCCUUGUAAUUUCAUCGAUGAAUUUGAUAUGCAUAUAUUUGUUAUAAACUUAUAUUAACAGGGCCUAAGCCAGAGGCAGUGGGGUCAAUAUUCAGAAAAAUAAUAAUCUUCUUCUGGUUCGCUAA